GAAGAGGAGCGCCUCGAUUGUACUCAGCCACAGCCAGGGCUGCUGCGGGUUGUGAUAUAUUGAUUCAGAUACGUGACACACUUUUUAAGGACAAGGAGGCAAUCGUUCAUCUGUUUGAUUCAGAUGGUUUGUGCAGGAAAAAAAAGGCGUAAGGGCAACUUUUGGGCCCUAAUAUCAUGCUCUUUAACGUUCGCAACAGCCAAAGUAAAGUUAAUUUCCACAACUAGCUUCUUGUUGUUGUUGUGGAGAGUGGUGAGUGCUGGUUGUGGUGGUGGUGGUGGUGAUGAUGAUGAUGAGAUACUGAGAUCUAUGACGAUGCCUACCCCACCUGCAGCGCGUCAACUAGAAGCUUUCUUAUCGGCUUCUAGAACUAGAAGCUUUCUUUUGGCUUGCUUACUUGCUUUUCUAGUUAAAAUUUUCUUCUUCUCACCCAUUUCUCCUGAACCUCUCGGGUUUCCUCCUCUUGGGUCGGAGUUCAUCAAUUUCCCUUCCAACAAUGUGUUACAGUUUGUUUCUCAGAGAAUUGUUAAAGUUGGAGAAGGAUAUGUAGAAGGGCCAGAAGAUAUAUGUGUGGAUAAAGAAGGUACCAUCUAUACAGCUACCAGGGACGGUUGGGUUAAAAAACUGCACAGAAAUGGUUCCUGGGAAAACUGGAAGUUCAUUGGCGGCCACUCUUUGCUCGGUGUUGCCACUUCUUCAACUGGUCAUAUUCUCCUUUGCGACGCUGAUAAGGGGUUGCUGAGGGUUGGUGAAGACGGCGUGGCAAUACUUGCUUCGCAUGUUAAUGGUUCAAAAAUAAGGUUUGUAGACGAUGUAAUCGAAUCAUCAGACGGCACCGUGUACUUCAGCGAUGCAAGCACAAAAUUCGGAUUUGAUGUAUGGCAUCUCGAUUUGCUGGAAGCCAAACCCCACGGCCGACUUCUCAAAUACGAUCCCUCCACCAAGGAGACAACGAUAGUGCUCGACAAUCUAAGAUUUGCCAAUGGCGUCGCUCUCUCAAAAGACCAAGACUUCUUAGUAGUUUGCGAGACAUGGAAAUUCCGGUGUCUGAAACAUUGGUUAAAGGGGGAGAUGAAAGGGAAGACGGAGAUUUUUGUCGACAAACUUCCGGGAGGACCUGAUAAUAUUAAUCUUGCACCAGAUGGAUCUUUUUGGAUUGCCGUGCUCGAGUUAAGGAAUAAUCCGGUGUUAGAGUUGAUCAACAAGUCGAAACUAGCCAAACGCUUCGUGGCAAAUUUUCCGAAGCUGAAAAGCAACAUAAUCGCCAGUAUCAUGAGAAAAGCGACAGUGAUGAAUGUGGGAAUCGACGGUAACGUGAUCAAGAUGUUGGACGAUUCGAGUGGAGAGGUUAUGUCCUUCGUCACUUCGGCGAUGGAGUUUGAAAAGCAACUCUACGUGGGUAGUCUUAGCUCCAACUUCAUCGGCAAAUUAAAGUUGAUUUAGAAUCUCUCAGCCAGCAUCAUCAUCAUCUACGCUCUACCUGGCUUAUGUCCGUAAAACACAAAACAGAGAGCUGCAGAGUUCUAGUACCUACCUGACGCCAAUCAAAUUCUUGGGGAACUUUUAUUGAUUAGUGAUCGUGCGUAUGGCAUUAGUACUCAGUACUCAAUAUAAGGAUAUAUUUGAAGAAUGUAGGUCGUUACUAGAAAUAGGGUUUCCCUUGAAAAUAAAAAAGUAAUGUUGCAAACAAACGAGGCUAUUUUCACUAAUAUUGAAUUAAGAAAAAGCAAAGUUUUAAAA